AUGAGCUUCUCUCUCACCUACACUGAGCUGGUCAACGUAGCCAUACCACAGUGUGGGGUAGUGAACUUCAAGGCCCUUCAUCUCCUGCUCCAGGGCAUCCUAGAGCACAUCCAAAUCGCUGAGAUCAAGAAAGUCCUUUCAGGGGACGAGGACUUCCUUCAAGCUUCACCUGUGAUGCUUAUACCCAGGGAAGGAGAUGCACAGCCCAUCAUCAACCCAAUGAAGAGGCUUAGCAACAUCUUUGACCACGUGGUAGACCGGAUGGAAAAGAUAGAGGUCAAACUGGCUGAGAUGCAGGGCAUACCCACGACUGCUAAGCUGUUAGAGGAUAGCCAGGGGAUCAAGCGGCCGGCUGAGGAUAUGUGGAAUAACAUCAGGAUCCAGAAGAGGAUUGAGGGCAACGAGCUAGCCACAGAAAAGUUUGCACAGACUCUGCAGGAUUUGCUCAGUGACCUUCACGUAACCAAGAGCACUGUGGAGACUGUUAAGAAGGAUAUGGACUCGGUUAAGUUUGUAUUUGAAAAGCUAAACCCACAAAAAAUGGAACUUCUCUGUGACGACUUCAAAGUACACAGCCGGAAGCUGGGUGCCCUGCAGCGGGAAGUGGUUACUCUCCAGAACAAGGUCCGUACUAUCCCCAAACCUGAGGAGAUGGUACUCUGGAGUAGCCUCCACGAGGCCAUGUUCAGAAUGGGAAAGCAUAAGCCGGAAGAGGAGGCAUCCACUGUGCGGCAGAGCGUCCCAGAGAGUCCCUUGGAGCAGCAGCCGCCUGAGGAUGGACCCAUUCCCAGAACCACCCCUAUGCACACCAUGAUGCAGUUUGGAACCACAGGGAUCCUCAAGGGGGACGAGUUCACUCGGGCUGUUGAGUUUGCUGACUCCCAGGGCAUAGAGCUGGGUCAGGCCUCUGUGUCUCAGACACACAGUCUGAGACAGGCUGUCUCUGCUGUCUCUGUCCCUGCCGGGGUCCCUGUCUCUGCCCCUGUCUCUGUCCCUGCCGGGGUCCCUGUCUCUGCCCCUGUCUCUGUCCCUGCCGGGGUCCCUGUCUCUGCCCCUGUCUCUGUCCCUGCCGGGGUCCCUGGAUUUGCAUCUGGGCCUGGUUUCAUGCCAGUCUUUGGCCCUAGACCUGGAAUGGCUCCCCCAGGUGUAUGGACCUCACCACCAAGAGCCUGGGCUAGGGGUAAUGUUUGGCCCAUGUGGGAUAUGGGGCCCUACCAGACUGGCCCAGGUCCAGUUCGCCCCAUGGGACAGAUGGCCCGGGCUCGUUUCGUCAUGGACACUGGAAUACCGUGGACUCUGCCGCAGGAGACCUACCGGCUCCCGGGUCUUGAAGAAAGAGGGGAUGAAUACGAGUACUUCCUUCCAGGCCCUCGGGAAGAGACGCCUAUGGAUGAGAUUUCCCAGGAAGAGAUCUCUGAGUAUGGGGCUCCCCAGGAAGAGAUCUCUGAGUACGGGACUCCCGAGGAAGAGAUCCCUUCGGAAGGGGCUUCCCAGGAAGAGAUGUCUACGGAAGGAGCUCCCUCGGAUGGGAUUCGCAAGGGAAGAGUUCCUCGGGAGAAGAUUUCCAAAGUAAAGGCCCCCAGGCACAGAACCCCUAAGGAGAGGGUUUCCCAUCACAGAGCCCCCAAGGAUGUGGGCUCCCAAGAAAUGGUCAUCAAAGAAGAGACUCCUGAAGUCAAAGUCCUCAAAAAGGUGAUCUACAAAGACAAAACCCAGAAGGACAAGGCCUCGGAACAACGCCAAAAGGCCCCACAGCCUGCCUUAAAGAAGCUGAGGUCUGCUAUUACCAUAGCUGUAGCAGCUGCCGCUGCAUAUGCAGCCGCAGCAAACUCAGCUGCCCAGGCAGCCAAAGAUGCUGCCAAGGCCAUCCAGGAUGUCCCUACAACCCAGAUGGCUGCCGAAGCAUCACGCGUUGCAUCCUCAGGGCCUCUAGGGGCCAUUGCAGAUUUCCUGGGUGCAGGAUUUCGCCGUGGGGCCACCAUCAACCUACCUUUCGGUGAUGAGGAGAUGGAAGAGUUUCCUGAAGAGUUUACAGCACCCUUUAACCCCUUCCCAGCCAAACCAGUCCUGUCCCAGGCUAUGAUAAAUGCCAUGUACGCUACGAGUCCUGAAGAAAAGAAAAAGGCUGUGCAGUAUUCCAUGAGCCAUAUUGCCCAGAUGCCUAUCAGACAUGACUCCCUGAAAGAAGAGUUUGCCAACCUGUCAACCAAUUUAAACCAGCGUCUAAAUUACCUAGCUAACAUGGGAAGCUCUGGUGUGCUUGGUAACACGGUAAAUGUACUGGAGGAAAAGAUUGUUAACCUCCAGAAGGCCAGGCUGCAGGAGGAAGAGCUGGAGAGAGUUUGGGGACACCAGAUAGACACAAUGAAGAGUCACUACAUGGUGCUAGACAGGGCAGUGGAAAGGCUCCAGGGUCGCAUGGACGACUUGAAGGUCCUCAAGGCGGAACUCGAAAGGCUGGAUCUGGUUAAGGCAGAUAAAACAGUCGUAGAUCUGGAGCUGAAUGAAAAAGCUGACAGGGGCAUGCUAGCGAGCAAGGCGAACCGAGUGGACCUGGAGACGGUGGCGAUGGACCUGAAUGAGAUGAUCCACAGUCUGCUUCUCAAGAUCACAAACUACGAGUCUGACUGGAAGAAGUCUCUGAAACAUCUCAGGAAGGACCUGAACACUAAGCUAGUGCAGAGCGAUCUGAAUAGCCUGAAGAAGGACAUAGAAGAGGUCUGGAAGAUAGUCAGGAAGCUUCUGCUAGAAGGCCUCCGGUUCGACCCUGACAGUGCUGCAGGCUUUAAGAAGAAAUUGUUUGAGAGGGUAAAGUGCAUCUCCUGCGACCGGCCUGUAGAGAUGAUGACUGGCCCACAGCUCAUCACCAUUCGCAACACCCACGGGCUGUCACGAGUAAGGCCAGCCAGUGCCAACAGCUAUGAGUAUCUGCAGCGACAGCUGAUGAGGGAGCAACAGCAGCAGCUGCAUUUCCAGAACUUUGGAGUCCAUGAGGAGGGCCUGGGCCUCGAGAAGGACGGGGGUGAUGGCCCCCGAAAUGAGACCAUCUUGAAGCACAAGUCACACGACCUGACAACAUUCUAUCCUUAUGGGGACCCCGAGCUGAUGGACUAUGAUACCGCCGAGGUGGACAUCCUGGGGGUAAACGGAAUUCUGUACAAAGGCCGAAUGAGCAGCCAGAUUGGGACUCGGAUGGGGGAGAAGGACCUGGCAGCUGUGAAAGUCUCGUGUCACACCGUUCAAAACCUGAUUGACCGCGUGCGCCCAGGAUCCUUACUUGCUUCAGGCUACCCGCCCUUGGGCCCCCGCACCAGCAUCAACUCCGCCACCAGUCUACACUCUGCAACCACCACGAUGGCACGGUCACCAUCCCUGCCACCAGGGCCGCAGCUACCACCACUCAUCCCAGUCUCAAGGGAUCCCCAAGAGGCCCCUGGAUCUGCCAAGCGCUUGAAAUCUCCACGGCUGUAG